CUACGAACAGUUAAAAACGUUACAAUUGGUGUCAGGAGUGCGGUUAAUGUGAAACUUCGCGAAAAUGGUUUCGUUAAUGGACCUAAGAGUGGCGGACCUUAAGAGGGAGCUAGAAGAAAGGGAAUGUGAUACAACUGGGAAAAAGAAUGUGUUGCAGCAGCGGCUUCGAGAAGCGUUGGAGCAGGAAGGUGAAAAUCCAGAUACGUGUUUAUUUGAAGGCCAUGUAAUAUGCAUUUAAUGUUGCAAAAUUAAAACG